AUGGUAUCCAGAUGGCCAGAGUGCGUGGCGGAAAUGUCAGAUACGGUGUCAGACACCGGUUCCGUCGUUUCGUCGUCGUCAACUUUGGUUGGCAGUGACCCACUUUUGACGGCCAAAUCAGGCUCCUUUCCCGCAAGACCGCAUCGUAGAGCCAUCUCAGCACUCGCUCUGGGACGCAACGCCCCAAAUCUGACUUCUGCUCAAAGCUUUCAUUCCACAAACGCUGCCAACGGUAUUCCAACCACGACGUCAGGCCCAGCAAUGCCGUUUUUGAAUCGAUCGAUGAGCAAUCCCUCGCUGCCGUCGUUCAAACCUAAAGAAAUGCAGCUGCCUCGCCCCGAAGGUACUCAAUCGCUGUCUCCAGCACAGCUCCGGACACUCAUUGUCGAGGAGCCUGCUGAAAAUUUGAUCAUUCUAGAUGUACGACCGUUUGUGGACUAUUCCCGCUCAACAAUUAUCAAUGCCUUGCAUGUGUGUCUCCCGUCCACUUUGCUUCGAAGAAAGACAUUCACACUUGACCGUCUAAUAGAAAAUCUGCCCAGGGAAGUGCACGUCAUUGUGAAAAGAAGAAUUUUGGAUCGCACUGAUUGUUCCAAGUUGAAAGUCAUCAUUUUCGAUAACACAGUUCAAAGCACGUCUCAAGAUUCCGUUGGCGUGGGCUGUCAUGGUAUGGCUUCCAAGUUUGCCAACGCUGACAAGUGGAGCUCGGAGCAGUUGAGACCCUCUAUUUACAUUCUGAGCCCCGGUUUUCCUGCUUUUGAAAACCUUGAACCAUCCUUAAUCAUAAAUCCAAGUGUUACAUCAUCUUCUAUCUCUCCAGGGCUACCGCCGUCGCCUCAAGACAUGGCCUCUACACCUCAACCAGGCUCAAGUCUCAAUAUUUCCAACCAAUGCCCUUCUAUGGCGUCGCCUUCUCCAAUUGCUACCUCACCUGCGUCAUCUUCAUCUCCAGUCUCGACGCUUUCGAAGUUCCAGCUACCUAUGUCAACAGGAAUUCCACCUCCCUUCAAAAUACCUAGAAACGAAGAAGUCUCUAAUUUAGAAUCUUAUUUGAGCGCCGUUGAAUUGGGCGAAAAACAGCGCAGCAUAGGAGGAUCGAAACACUCGUCUUCUGCGCAUUUGCCUUUGACAUAUCCGUCGCCCGACACUCUCUACAAGUUUCCAAUCGAACCACGUUCAAGUGGUCAACAUAAUAAUUGCAACAAUCUUGCAACACUCAACAACAAACUCAAUUUUCAGAAGUCUCUGUUGCACAUGCAUGACGUUUACGGUCGUGACGCGGUCGAUUUGGUGAUUCCCAGAUGGUUUCAAGACUUAGCAAGUGUGUCAAAACUUGAGAUGGUAGCUCAAUUCCAAAAACUCGACCUGUUGGAAAAAAAGAGACUGCAUUCCUGCUUGUCUAACGCUGGGCAGCCAUCACUUGAUAGCUCUAAACAAGGCUUUAAUUCAUUCAACACCCACCGCAGGAGCCAAUGUGCUGCAUCGUGGUUUGACGAGUACAACUCUGAUGAGGAAGACCAAAACGUUUGCAUAUCCUCUGGUGUUGAAUUGGGGUCCAAGAACAGAUACAAGGACAUAUUCCCUUUCGAACAUACUAGAGUCGUUUUGAAAAAAAAAAGAACUGCUUUUCAGAACCCUAUUUCUACCGAUAUUUGGGAUACUUACAUUAAUGCCAACUAUCUGGUAAAUCCUUUUGUCAGUCUUCAGGAUCCUCCUGCGGCACAUUGCGUGAAUGUGCGAUAUAUUGCGACGCAAGCACCACUAGCAGCAACGAUGCAUGACUUCUACACUUGCAUUUUGAACAACAAUGUCCCCCUCAUUCUGACUUUAACGGAUGAGUUUGAAAAUGGGGUAGAGAAAUGUUACAAAUUCUGGGCUGAAGGUGAUUACGAUGGUAUACAGAUCACGCUGUUAGAGGAGCACAGUAUUGAAGCGGCUAGUGAGCUAGGGCUUAAUGCAGGUCCGGUCAUAUUGAGAAGAAUACAAAUACGUCAUGGGGAAGGAGAAGUGCACGAGACCCUACAAGCCCAAAUAAAAAAUUGGCCUGAUAUGGGAAUAAUGGUCAAUCCACGUCAAGUUUUGGAGAUCAUCUGCUUGAAAAACGUUGUCAUUACAGAGCUCUUCAGAAAACAGGUGUACUCGGCUGGGUAUCUCCCAACCAUUUUAGUACACUGCUCUGCUGGCUGUGGGCGCACGGGUACACUUUGCGCCCUAGACACUGUGCUCAGUAACGCGUCGAAGCUCGACGGUCUUAGAGAAGAAUGGGCAGACAGAAAACUAUCCAAUGAAUCAAAUCCGUGGUCGCCACACUCGACUACUUGUCUGGGUGGCAAGCUUUUCGAUCCAGUUAUCAUCACCAUUAAUAAAUUUCGGAAGCAAAGGAUUUCCAUGGUUCAAAACGUGAAUCAAUAUCUGUUCAUUUAUGACUGCCUAUUGUCUUAUUUUGAUAUGUGCUUGCAAGCGAAGAAAUGUCCAGCAAGUUCGCCUCCAGCAUUUUGGGGAAGUACCGUCGACCUGGGAAUUGUACAAAGCUUUCUCAAGUCUAAGGUCGAAGAGCAAAAUGGGGUAAUAUGA